AUGAGCCGGCGGCGUUUCUACCUGGCGGCCGCGGUGUGUUUGUUUUUCUCGCCCGUCAGACCGGAUGAGGAUUGCCCGCCCUCCUGCAUGUGCGCCAGAGACUCGGGGACCGUCACCUGUCGUGACGGGGGGGAGAGCGAGGUGCCGGCCGGCAUACCGGACUGGACGUCCACUCUGAUACUCAGGGGCAACAACAUCUCAACUUUACCGCCGGCUGUGUUCUCGGCCAACGGGACGGAGCUGGGGCUGACCACCCUCUCGCUGUCCUACAACGGAAUACAAGCCAUCGAGCCGUACGCCUUCCUCGGACUGCCCCGCUUGCAUCUGCUGGAUCUGAGCCACAACCGCCUGGUGUCGGUCUCGCCCAGGGCUUUCCACGGUCUGCUGCAGCUGCGCUCGCUCUACCUGAACUGCUCCCUGGCGCCCGCGGGAGCCGCGCAACUUUCCGACGCGCUUGGCGCCCAAAGUUUGUACAGCCUCCACCGACUGGAGCUGGCGGGCAACCGGCUCACGUCGAUACCCCUGCUGGCGCUCGACAGCUACAACCUGCACACUUUGGUGCUGACGAAUAACUCCAUAGAGACCGUCGGGGAAGAGAACGUCUCCGGUUUGUACCUGCAGAGCCGCAUGCGCGUUUACCUGUCUCUGAACCCUUUCCGGUGUACCUGUGAACUGGAGGCCUUUUAUUACUGGCUCAAGAACUCCAGCCAGUGCCCGGACGCCAGCCGGCUCCUGUGCAGCGAGCCCGAGUCCAAGAGAGGCGUGCCCUUGGAGAAGCUUCGAGGAGAGGACCUGGACUGUACGAACGAGAACCUGGAGGCGGUUUCCUACGUCUUCCUGGGAAUAGUCUUGGCCCUCAUCGGGGUGGUGUUUCUCAUGGUGUUGUACCUCAACCGGGAGGGCAUCAAGCGAUGGCUCAACAACAUCCGAGAGGCGUGCCGUGACCAGAUGGAGGUGUAUCACUACCGCUACGAGCAGGACUCGGACCCCAGACUGGCCAACGUGGCUGUUUAG